AUGAGUGGCUUCGGCCGGAGCAGGCGAGGCGGCCGGACCCGGGCGGGCCAGGAGUGGUCUCCACAGGGCCUGCGGACGGGGGUGGCCAUGGGUCAGUGCCCCGAAGAGCAGUACUGGGAUCCCCUACUGAACAUCUGCCUCUCCUGCAAACUCAUCUGCAGCCAUCAGAUUCCACGCACCUGUGCAGCAUUCUGCAAGUCCCUCAGCUGCCACAAAGAGCAAGGCCGGUACUACGACCAGCUGCUGAGGGACUGCAUCAGCUGUGCCUCCAUCUGCGGACGGCACCCCAAGCAGUGCACGUACUUCUGUGAGAACAAGUUCCGGAGCCACACGAACCUCCUGCCGGAGCUCAGGACACAGCUGGCCGGGGAAGCCGAAGCCAGGCCAGAUGACCUGGGAAGGUACCAGGGAACAGAGCACAGGGGCUCGGAGGCCGUUCCAGGGCUGAAGCUGAGCUCCGACCAGCUGGCCCUGGUCUACAGCACACUGGGGCUCUGCCUCUGCGCCAUCAUCUGCUGCUUCCUCCUGGCGGUCGCCUGCUUCCUCAAGAGGAGAGGGGACCAGUUCUCCUGCCAGCCCUCCCCGGCCCCGUGUCGGACGCAGGCCAAGUCCUCCAAGGAUCACUGGAUGGAAGCUGGAAGGGCGGCAGGUGUGUUGCCGGAGCCAGUGGAGACGUGCAGCUUCUGCUUCCCGGAGCGCAGGCAGCCCACCCAGGAGACGGCGGGCGCACCCGGGACCCCCAGCGUCAUCCGCUCUGGGAGGUGGGGGCGCCUCGGCAGGGCCGCGACCGGACAGCCCUGCACGCGUGCCCCGGAAGGCGGCCUUGAGGUCCUGUGCGCUCCUGCUGAGGAGGGAGGCCCGGCCUCAUAAGGGUCGCCAUCACCUAAACACCCGCAGUGAAGUCAUAUACACCUGCUGGACACAGCCCCCAAG